CCGCUGCCAGGCGGGCUCACGCAGAAGCAGAGAGCUGGUGGCGCCGCAGGUCGGGAGGAGGAGCACCGAGUGGAGGGCUCGUUUGCCGGGGCCGCCCGACAGUCUCUUCGUCGCGGGCGUUGGGGCCGCCAUCUUAGAUGGCGGGAGUAAGACGAGGACGAGCGUGAGACAGGAAGGCUUUUCCUGCCGCUCUCCUUGGGCCCGGAAGAGGGCCAGCUGGCCGGGCUUUGGGGCGUGUGCCCCAAGGCACGGAGCGCGAUUGCGAAGAUGCGGGGCCUGCCCGGGGCCCCGUCCCCUGGGCUGGGGACGCGCCGAAUGUGACCGCCUCCCGCUCCCUCACCCGCCGCGGGGAGGAGGAGCGGACCAGACGCUGCCGCCCGACGACGGGACGCGGAGGCGGUUCGGCUCCUUCAGGGCUAAGCUGUUUAAACUGCAACAGAAACAUCUGACCCAGUUGAACACUGGAUACUUCGGAAAAUAAACCUGUUACUGUUUCUGCUGGGAAAGCUUAUCUUUUAGGUUUAAGUAUUGUGUAAGCUGCAUCAAUGGAGCACAUACAGGGGGCCUGGAAGACGAUCAGCAAUGGUUUUGGAUUCAAAGAUGCAGUGUUUGACGGCCCCAGCUGCAUCUCCCCUACAAUAGUUCAGCCGUUUGGCUUUCAGCGUCGGGCAUCAGAUGAUGGCAAACUUACAGACUCUUCUAAGACCAGCAACACUAUCCGUGUUUUCUUGCCAAACAAGCAAAGAACAGUGGUCAAUGUGAGGAAUGGAAUGAGCUUGCACGAUUGCCUUAUGAAAGCACUGAAGGUGAGGGGCUUGCAGCCGGAGUGCUGUGCAGUGUUCAGACUUCUCCACGAACAUAAAGGUAAAAAAGCACGUUUAGAUUGGAAUACUGAUGCCACCUCGUUGAUUGGAGAAGAACUUCAAGUAGAUUUCCUGGAUCAUGUUCCCCUCACAACACACAACUUUGCUCGGAAGACCUUCCUGAAGCUUGCCUUCUGUGACAUCUGUCAGAAGUUCCUGCUAAAUGGAUUUCGAUGUCAGACUUGUGGCUACAAAUUUCAUGAACACUGUAGCACCAAAGUACCUACUAUGUGUGUGGACUGGAGUAAUAUCAGACAGCUCUUAUUGUUCCCAAAUUCUCCUGUUGGUGAUAGUGGGGUCCCAGCACUGCCUUCCUUGACAAUGCGUCGGAUGCGAGAGUCUGUUUCCCGGAUGCCUGUUAGUUCCCAGCACAGAUACUCCACACCCCACGCCUUCACGUUCAACUCCUCCAGCCCUUCCUCUGAAGGUUCCCUCUCCCAGAGGCAGAGGUCAACAUCCACACCUAAUGUCCACAUGGUCAGCACCACCCUGCCUGUGGACAGCAGGAUGAUUGAGGAUGCAAUUCGAAGCCACAGUGAAUCAGCCUCGCCUUCAGCCUUGUCCAGCAGCCCUAACAAUCUGAGCCCGACGGGCUGGUCACAGCCCAAAACCCCUGUGCCAGCACAAAGAGAGCGUGCACCCGGAUCUGGGACCCAGGAGAAAAACAAAAUUAGGCCUCGUGGACAGAGAGAUUCAAGCUACUACUGGGAAAUAGAAGCCAGCGAAGUGAUGCUCUCUACUCGGAUUGGAUCAGGCUCUUUUGGCACAGUGUAUAAGGGCAAAUGGCAUGGAGAUGUUGCAGUAAAAAUUCUAAAGGUUGUCGACCCCACACCAGAGCAGUUCCAGGCCUUCAGGAAUGAGGUGGCUGUCCUACGGAAGACACGGCACGUGAACAUCCUGCUCUUCAUGGGAUACAUGACAAAGGACAAUCUGGCGAUUGUGACCCAGUGGUGUGAGGGCAGUAGCCUCUACAAACACCUGCAUGUCCAGGAGACUAAGUUCCAGAUGUUCCAGUUGAUUGACAUCGCCCGCCAGACUGCUCAGGGAAUGGACUAUUUGCAUGCAAAGAACAUCAUCCACAGAGACAUGAAAUCCAACAAUAUAUUUCUCCAUGAAGGCCUGACAGUGAAAAUUGGAGAUUUUGGUUUGGCAACAGUAAAGUCGCGUUGGAGCGGUUCUCAGCAGGUGGAACAACCCACUGGCUCUGUCCUGUGGAUGGCCCCCGAGGUGAUCCGAAUGCAGGAUAAUAAUCCAUUCAGCUUCCAGUCCGAUGUGUACUCCUACGGCAUUGUGCUCUAUGAGCUCAUGACAGGGGAGCUUCCUUACUCCCACAUCAAUAACCGCGAUCAGAUCAUCUUCAUGGUGGGCCGAGGCUAUGCUUCCCCAGACCUCAGUAAGCUAUAUAAGAACUGCCCCAAAGCAAUGAAGAGGCUUGUAGCCGACUGCGUGAAGAAGGUUAAGGAAGAGAGGCCUCUCUUUCCCCAGAUCCUGUCGUCCAUCGAGCUUCUCCAACACUCUCUGCCGAAAAUCAACCGGAGUGCUUCUGAGCCAUCCCUGCACCGGGCGGCCCACACUGAGGAUAUCAACGCCUGCACGUUGACCACGUCCCCUAGACUGCCUGUCUUCUAGCUGACUUUGCACCUGCACUCAGACCACCAGGGGAGGAAGGGAAGUCAGCAGGCACCAGCUUUCUGCACCCUCUUGAUGGAGGCAGAAAGCUCAUUUUCAGAGAAGCUGCUGCUAAGGACCUUCUAGACUACUCACAGGGCCUUAACUUCAUGUUGCCUUCUUUCCUACCCUUUCUUUCUGGCCCUGGGAGAAGGAAGCCAUUCACCAUGCUGGUCUGUCCUGCUCCCUCCCUGCAGCUCCCCCCACCCCCCAUGCUCAGGAGCCAAGCCUUCUCCAGAUGCACAGUAGCUGCAGUUGGCUAAAUGAGUAUUUUUAGGGCAAGAAAAAGCACUCAGAGGGGAAAUGAAGGCAGCAGACAAACCAGCCCUGAUGUGGACACGUGGAUUUGGGGUAUCAGCUCCUGUGUGGAACGCUUAUCACGGGAAAGACUGUUCUUCAGAGCUAGUGGUGUGGCGCCAGUUAGUUUUGCACAUAACGCACCAAACAGCCCAGGACUGUCGAGACCACGGCCGCCUGAAGGAGCCUGCGUUGGUACUAGGGACAUGGACCUUGACUUCAGGGGCACUUCCUUUCCUUGGAGGUCUCCAAUGCAUUGGGCCGGCUUUCCAGAAGAGGCCCUUGGCCUGCCCCCCCCAGCCUCCGCCCUCUCAGGGAGCAGUCUUCCAUCAUGCUGAAUCCGUCUUCCAGGAGCUGCCCCUAUGGGGCGGGGCCAUCAGGCCAGCCUUUCUCUUGAGUCACAUCACUUGUAUGCAAGGAAGCCAGGAAUACAGGUUUUCUUGAUGAUUUGGGUUUUAAUUUUGUUUUUAUUGCGCCUGACAAAAUACAGUUAUCUGAUGGUUCCUCAAUUAUGUUAUUUUAAUAAAAUAAAUUAAAUGUAGGUUUAA